CUUUGCUGGUCCAUCGACUUGCCGUCGCCGGGUCUAUCUACAGUCACACAAUAAGUCGGACAUGCUUGUACACAUCAUACUCUUCGUUACAGCUGUUUUUUUACAGCCAGUCGCUUGCUCAGACUGGAGUUAUAAUGGCGAAGAAGGUGUGUCCCACUGGUCAGACUUGUUCCAGAAGUGCGCCCUGACCCACCAAUCACCAAUCAACAUCUACGAGGGUGACGUCGUGGUUGACCCAGCCCUGGGGGAGGUGCUCUUUGAGAACUACGACACAGCUGACGGCUUGGCCAUGGCCUUGAUCAACAAUGGUCACACCGCCGCGGUCUCAAUAGCUGGAGCACGUGAUGUUGCCAUCUCAGGCGGUGACCUUCCGCACAAGUUCAAGGCCAAUCAGCUGCACUUCCAUUGGGGGUCCCAUUCAAGCGAGGGGUCAGAACACCAGAUCAGCUCUCAAACUUUUCCAAUGGAGCUCCACAUCGUCCACUACAACACCAAGUACCCGGACUUUGCUGCUGCCCUGUCUCAAGGUGACGGCUUGGCUGUUCUAGGUUUUGUCUUCAAGAUCUCUAAGACCGACAACCCGGCCCUCUCACAGAUCGUCUCAAGUCUGGCCAGCAUCAGGAGUGUCGACACUGCUGUAGAUUUUAAACCAUUUGCCAUUAAAACGAUACUUCCGGAAUCGUUCCACCAGUUUUAUCGAUACUCUGGCAGUCUCACAACUCCCCCGUGUGACGAGUCUGUCACGUGGACUGUCUACAAGGAGCCAAUCAACAUCUCUGAAGCCCAAAUCACAGAGUUCCGCACCCUCCAGGACCACACCCACUCCCCCAUCAACCUCAACGCCCGCCCAGUCCAGCCACUCAAUGACCGGGUGGUGAAAGCCAACUUCGACCCAAAUGUGCAUUGGGGUUACUAUCAUGGCGAAAGCACCCACUGGCGUGAGACGUUCUCAAACUGCGGUGCCUACAGCCAGUCCCCCAUCAACAUUGAGGUCUUCUACACCGUGGAGGAACCCCUGCCUGUCAUGGUCUACAAGAACUACGAGACCUCGGCCGGCGUGCUCAUGAAGCUCAAGAACAGUGGACAUGCAGCUCAAGUGGACAUCUCUGGCACUGAGAUUUCUAUUUCCGGUUCCGGUUUGACCGAGCCGUACGUGGCUGCACAGUUCCAGUUCCACUGGGGCGGAUCCGAACACACCAUCAACGGCAAGUCGUACCCCAUGGAGCUGCACAUCGUCCACUACAAGAAGUCUCUGGGCAGUCUGGCAGCUGCAGCCACACAGUUCCAGGGUCUGGCCGUGCUGGGCUUUUUGUUCGAGGUGAGUUCUGGUGACAACGUUCUAUUCAACAACAUCACCAACUAUCUCAAGUCAAUCAAGGACCCAGACACCUCGGUGACCAUCCCGAGUUUCCCCAUCAACUCCAUCCUGCCCAGUAGACGUAGCGACCUGUACCGGUACCACGGCAGUCUGACCACACCAGGGUGCCACGAGACGGUCAUCUGGUCCGUCUUCAAGGACACCAUCCAGGUGUCUUCAAGACAGCUGGCGUUGUUUCGAACCCUGGUCUCCCACGAGACAGACAGUAACGGCAACCCGCUGCCAAUGGUCGACAACAACCGACCAAUCCAGGCCAUCAACAGUCGGGAGGUCUACAGGAACUUCUAACAAUGAUCCAUGGGACUCUGCUGGACAUCUUCAUGAAAUCCACUGUCUUGGCUACAGUCUUUUUAAAUCACUAGCUGAUCAAUAGACUCAUCUAAUUAUAGCCCAGAUACAGAACCUCUAAUCUUUUCUCCAUCAAGCUUCUCAUUGAUUGACUUGGCACAUGCUUUUAUUCAUGUACUCCACUACUGCACGCUAAAAUUUGACUUUAUUUAUUUUGUUAGUUGAAAAAAAAACACAUGAUUGUGUUGGAUAAUUCUCAUAUAGCUUGCUAUUGAUGAAUCUGUAGGGAGAUCUAAACUGAAUUUGUUGAAGUUCUAUUUACAAAUUAAAUUUUUUUUUUAAAUCCUUGAUGAGACAACUUGCAGAUCCUGUUGAUUAGAUGUUAUUUAAUUACUCUAAUUAGCUGUUCAUUCAUUGUUUAAUUACUCCAUGAAACUAAUAACUAUUUAUAUUGAUAAUUUUUCUCAUCGGUGGAUCUAGAAAUAA